UUCUCCGUCCAGGACCUGCUCACAUGAGUAAUUGGUCCCCCAUGAGGCUGGGGAUAGAACUUGUUCGAGUGGUCGCUUCUGGAGACGCCGUCGGAAUCUAGGGAAGCAUCGCGACUGAUGGAGGACUGAAUUAUAUGAGGACCCACUGAAGUUUUCCCCACCGUCUAAAGUCAUGAUCCUAGACCAUGUGGAGUGGUGAAGGCAACUAUAGACAAGUACAAAAGGUCGAGGAUACGCACAGGGAAAACAGCACGCAUCACAACAGACAAUCUUUCCAAGCCAAUCAACCGUCGACCACAAACCGCCCACCAUGAAGGUUGUAUCGUUCAUUCUCAGUGCUCUGGCCUCCCUCACGGCCGCUCAGCAAGCCACCCUCUGCAAGGACUUCGAGUACUACUCCAGCAACGGCUACGAGCUCAACAACAACAUCUGGGGCCGCAGCUCAGCCACCUCUGGAUCUCAAUGCACCUAUGUCAACAGCGUGAGCCAGACUGGCGCCAAGUGGACCUCCAACUGGCAGUGGCAGGGUGGCCGUGACAAUGUCAAGAGUUACGUCUACUCUGGCCGUCAAAUCACCAAGAAGCCCGUCAGCCAGUACAACAACCUCGAGACUGAGGCCUACUGGGUCUACGACACCAACAACAUCCGUUGCAAUGUUGCCUACGAUCUCUUCACCUCUGCCAACGUUAACCACCCCACCAGCAGCGGUGACUACGAGCUCAUGGUCUGGCUCGGCAGGUACGAUGUGUACCCCAUUGGAUCCUCGCAAGGGAUGGUCAACGUCGCCGGCCGCCAAUGGGAACUCUUCUACGGCCUCAACGGCAACAUGAAGGUCUACAGCUUCGUUACUCCUUCGGGCCCCAUCUACAACUUCAAGGCCAGCAUGAAGGACUUCUUCCAGUACCUCGCCAACAACAAGGGUUUCCCUAUUACCAGCCAGAACCUCAUUACCUACCAGUUCGGUACCGAGGCUUUCACCGGUGGCCCCGCCAAGUUCACCGUCAACCAGUGGUCCGCCAACGCUUAUUAAAUCAGAGAGAAAUGCAACUGGGCUUUUCCCGCACGGAAAUUCGCCCUUUUGGGUUUAAAAUAAAUCUUCUGAUCGAGAUAACACGCACAAACACAAAACAACUAAACAAAGUUUAU